AUGGUGACAAAGCUCUACCAGCAUAUCCUAGCCUUGGUGUUUGCUGUUGAAGAGAUCAAUGAGAAUCCCAAUAUUUUGCCCAAUGUCACACUCGGGUUCCACAUCUAUGACAGCUAUUGUGACUCAAAGAUGACCUACUGCAACACUCAGGCUCUGAUCUUUAACUCUCAUAACUUUGUACCCAACUAUAAAUGUGGCAUCCAGGAAAAUGUAAUAGGAGUCAUCGGGGGACUAAGCUAUGAGACCUCCUCAAACAUGGCAGACAUCUUAGGUCUUUACAAGAUUCCACAGAUUUCAUAUGGUUCAUUUCAACCAGAAUUGAAUGAUCAGUUGAGGUUCCCUUCUUUUUAUCGCAUGGUCCCCAAUGAAGCUCUUCAGUAUCAAGGGAUUGUUGAGUUACUUGUGUAUUUCAGAUGGAAAUGGGUUGGUCUGAUGGCUAUAGAUGAUGAAGGCGGAGAACAUUUUUUGCAGACCAUAGAGCCAAUGCUUCUGCAGAAUAAAAUCUGUUCAGCAUUCAUACGUCGAAUUGGUACCAAUUUGUAUACCUAUUUUAUUGAACGUAAAGUAGUCUCGGAAACACAGGGGCUUUUCCCAGCUUUUGCGGUAAGCAAAGCUGAUACAGUUAUUAUAUAUGGAGAAACUUCUUCUAUUUCAUGGUUACCAUAUGCUAUAGAAGGAACUAGAAUACUUCAAGUAAUGCAUCCUGAAUAUCAGGAGAAGGUAUCUGCAGCAAAAGUGUGGAUUACAACAGCCCAAAUUGAAUUCACAUUCUCUAAGCUUCAUGAUUUGUUUUAUGCUGAAAUGCGAGAGCUUCAUGGUGCUCUGUCCUUUGCAAUUCACUCAAAUGAUCUGCCAGGCUUCCAAGAAUUUAUUCAGAAUCUCCACUCAUUCCUUCAGAGGAUGUCAUUCAACAACAGUGCCGGAGAUGAAAUUACGUUUAACAAACAUGGGGAAUUAGUAGGUGGAUUUGACAUUAGAAACUUGGUGACUUUCCCAAAUAGAUCCUACAUCAGGGUCAAAGUGGGGAAGAUGGAUCCUCAGGCUCCUCCAGGCAAAGAGUUUUCCAUUUAUGAGGACAGAAUCAAAUGGCACUGGAACUUGACUCAGGUACCACCUCUUUCAGUAUGUAAUGACAACUGCCAUCCUGGCUACCAUAAGAAAAAAAAAGAGGGGGAGAAAUCUUGCUGUUAUGAUUGUGCUCCAUGUCCAGAUGGGAUGUUUUCAAAUGAGAUUGGUAGGACUUACAUGGAAACUUGUGUCCCUUGUCCAGAUGACCAAUAUCCAAACAAAGGAAAGGAUCAUUGCAUUCCUAAGAUUCCAAACUUCCUGGCUACUGAUGACACUUUGGCUAUUGUUCUAAAUUUCUCUGCAGUUUUGUUAGCGCUGAUUACAGUGCUGGUGUUUGGCAUCUUCAUCAAAUACCAGGACACUGCCAUAGUCAAGGCCAACAACAGAAGCCUCACCUACAUUCUCCUCAUCUCCCUCCUCUUCUGUUUCCUCUGCUCCUUGAUGUUCCUCGGAAGGCCUAAUGUGGUAAACUGCCUUCUCCGACAAACUGCUUUUGGUAUAAUUUUCUCUGUGGCCCUCUCUAGCAUCUUGGCCAAAACCAUAUCUGUGGUUUUGGCAUUCAUGGCUACCAAACCAGGAUCCAGGAUGAGGACAUGGUUGGGACAAAGGCUGACUUUUUCCAUUGUCCUUUCCUGCUCCAAAAUUCAAAUAGGGAUCUGUACUCUGUGGCUGGCAACCUCUGCACCGUUCCCAGAUGUGGACACAUACUCAAUGGCUGAAGAAAUUAUAUUGCUAUGUAAUGAAGGCUCAAGCAUCAUGUUUUAUUGUGUCCUGGGCUACUUGGGCUUCCUGGCCUUUCUCAGCUUCACUGUAGCUUUCCUAGCCAGGAAGUUACCUGACAGUUUUAAUGAAGCCAAGUUCAUCACUUUCAGUAUGUUGGUCUUUUGCAGCGUUUGGCUCUCCUUUGUUCCUACAUACCUGAGCACAAGUGGAAAAUACAUGGUGGCUGUGGAGAUCUUCUCCAUCUUGGCUUCCAGUGCUGGGCUACUGUGUUGCAUAUUUUUCCCUAAAUGCUACAUCAUUUUACUGAAGCCUGAGUUGAACAACAAAGAUCAACUGAUUCGAAGAAAGUUAUAA